AGCCCUUCUGGCUUGCGGCGCGCAGCGGCCGCAGCCCCGUUGCCGCAGCCCCUCUGGCCUGGCCGCAGCCCUUCUGGGCCCCUGCUCCGCGAGGGGGGGGCCCUUUCGCCCAGCGCGUGGUCCGCUGGUGCGCGCCCGUUCCUUCGGUUGGCCACCACGCUUGGCUGAUGGGAGCUGAGCUGAGCUGCGCGGAGGGGUCCGAGCCCGACGAGGGGCAGCUCCUGUCCCAGCUCAUCCAGCUGCUGUCCACGCGGCCCCACCACACCCUGCUGCUGUCGGACCUGAGCGUGCUGCUGCCCUCCAACCUCCGGAAGCUGGCGGACAGCCGCGGUGGCAUCAGAGCCUGGCUGAAGAGCUGGCCAGCCAUCAUCCAGGUCUCCGGCGAGCCCGGCAGGGAGUCGGCGACCCUCACCCUGCAGGAACGGGGCGAGCAGACCUUGCAGCUGGCGCAGCCGCGGGCCCCCGACGCCUGCGGCGCCGAUGGGCCCCCGCCCGAGGCCGCCGCCGCCGGGGGCGCCGUAGGCGCUGUGCCGGAGCAGGCGCCGAAGAGGGCGGAGGCGCCGCCCUUCGACGAGGAGGCCGACGGGGAGUGCGCCGUGCAGCUGCGCGGCCUGCCGUACCGGGCAACCGUCGAGGACGUCAGGAGCUUCCUGGGCGAGUUCGCCGCGUCCCUGGUGCCGGAGAACGCCGUCCACCUCGUGCUCAACCGCGACGGCAGGCCGUCGGGCUUCGCCCGGGUGCACUUCGCCUCUCCGGAGGCCGCCCGGCUGUGCCGCGACGGCACGCACCUGCGGUGCAUGGAGGACCGCUACGUCGAGGUGUUCCUGUACAGCGAGCGGCCCAGCAGAGGGCGGAAGGCCCGGAACGAGGACGGCUCGGCGAUUCCUGGCGACGCCGCUGCGGGCGGUGCAGCAGACGCCACCGGAGUCACCAAAGAACAGGUGGUGAAGGAGGUCCGCAUGGCCAUGGCAGAGCCGAAGAAUAGGCACCAGCUGCUAUCCAUGCUGGGCGUGGCGCUGUCGCAGGGGGCCCGCGCCUACCUGAGGCAAAUCGACCAGGGGCUGAAACACUUCCUCGCCCAGUUUCCCAGCGAGUUCUCUGUCGACGGCGGCAAGGGCUGCGAGUAUGUGACGUACAGGCCCGUCCAGGUCACCGACGGCGACGGCCCCGUGCCCAACUACACGCCGAUCCAGCUGAGCGAGGCGCUCGCGCCGCCGGCCCACCUGGUGUCCCACGACGCCUACGCCGGGCCCGCCGGCGCCGGGCUGCCCCCCUACGUCGGGGCCGCCGCCGCGAGGGCGGUGGGGUCGUCGGCGCCGGCGGCGCCGAAGGACGACGGGGAAGUCCCCGGCAGCCCCUCGCAGAUGAGGAGCGGCGCGGCGGCGGCCGACUCCACGCAGGCCAACUGCAACUUCGCCACCCCGAGCGACCGCGGCAUGCCCUCGCCCGCGCCGCCCUGGGGCUCGCUGCCCUGG